CACUAUGGUAGCCUUUAAUCUGGGUAACUUUAAUCGUAAUUAUCACUAGUUUGUCUGGUUUAGAUUCAGAAUAGUGUGAAUGCAUCUCUUUUCCUUCCAUUGGAGAUCAUCGAACACUUGCUGGACUCUAUAUAGUUGCUAAAUGGUUCUGGAAUGCUAUUUCUUGACUGGAAGAAACUAAAUGGCUGGCCAUAGGAUUGCUCAUGCCACUUUGAAAGGACCAAGUGUAGUAAAGGAGAUUGUUAUUGGAAUAGCACUUGGCAUUGCUGCGGUUAGUGUAUGGAAGAUGCAUCACUGGAAUGAACAAAGAAAAGUUAGGGCAUUUUACGACUUGUUGGAUACGGGUGAGAUUACAGUGGUUGCUGCAGAAUAAUAAGUUUUUGUAGCUUUUCUGUCGUUUGGUAUUUUGAACCUUGCCAAUUGGCUCUUGAAUCAGACAUGGGCUCCUUUACUUUGGAUUUCCAAGAAUAAUUAUUUGAGUUUUGAAGCUUUACCG